AUGGAUGAUGUGAAGGUUUUCGCUACCGUUGUGGAGAAGCCCAACGAUGCUUUCCCAAAUGCUAGCAAGUGCUGUUUUUUUUUUGUUGAUUGUGAACAUGCACCUCCAGCUGAUGACGAUAAUGACAUGGAUCUUUUUGGUGACGAGACUGAGGAGGAAAGAAAUCUGCAGAGGAGAGGGAGGCUGCUAAGAAGAACACCAAGAAGCCCAAAGAGUGUAAGCCUCUUUGUGCUGAGGGUAAUAUGCGAUCACAAGAGCGGAAAAUCAAAAGGUUGUAGCUUUGUGCUAUUUGAUUCAAAGGAAGCAGUUGCAACUGCUUUAGCUUCCAUGAACUAUCAGUCCUCUGUGCUCAUGGAAGUAAAGCCAUGGAAUGAUGAGACUGAGAUGAAGAAACUGGAAACGGCUGUUCGCAGUGUUGAGAUGCCUGGUUUCUAUGGAGAACUUCAAAACUGGUACCAGAUGGUUACGGUAUCAAGAAGCUCACGGUCAUGA